ACUUGCACGGCUUGAGGAGUGGAUACAAAAGAAACUGGAGCUUGCAUGAAGGAUCACAUUGUUUCUCUGCACCGAUUCACGCCUAACGGAAUUGAUAUCAAUCUGAGACGGCGCGGGCUGUGUUAUUUCUCUGAUUCGGCUUCAGGAUGAUGAAGUUCAGGUUCAGACGGCAGGGGAACGACCCUCAUCGUGAGAAAAUCAAGCAGGAUCUGUUUGCAUUCAGUAAGACAGUUGAACAUGGAUUUCCAAACCAGCCAAGUGCUUUGGCCUAUGAUCCCAAACUGCAGCUUAUGGCCAUUGGAACUAAAUCAGGGGCCAUCAAAAUAUAUGGUGCUCCUGGGGUGGAGAUGACUGGACUUCAUAAAGACACUGCUGCCGUCACUCAGAUACAUUUCCUCUAUGGACAGGGGAGGAUACUUUCUUUGUUGGAUGAUAACACCAUUCAUCUAUGGGAGAUUGUGCAGAGAGAAAACCGCUCACAUUUAGUGGAGGUUCAUAGCUUCAACCUGCCUGGCAGGCCAGGCAUCGAGAGCACCAGUGCGACACGUGUGACCGUCAUGCUGUUGAAGCUGAGCUGUGAUCUUCUUGCUCUGGGCACUGAAGGUGGCGGAGUGCACUUCCUGGAACUGACCACCCUCACUUUGCUGAACAAGUCGCUGUUCCAGGAUGAGAUCAUGCAGAGCGUUCCAGAGGAGUACAAGUGUGGAAAAUCAUUGGGGCCUGUGGAGUCCCUGCAGGAACAUCCGCAAGACUCUGAUAAAAUCCUCAUUGGUUACAGCAGAGGUCUGGUUGUACUCUGGGACCUCAACAGUCGGCAUGUAGUCAACCUCUUCCUGGGAAAGCAGCAGCUGGAGAGUUUGGUCUGGGAACGGUCCGGGAACAGCUUUGUUAGUUCCCAUAGUGAUGGCGGAUACAUGGUGUGGGCUGUCAGCAGCAGCAAUCCCUGCACUCAUGACCCCAUCUCAUCCACAGUACCAUAUGGCCCCUUUCCCUGCAAAGCCGUGAACAAGAUCCUGUGGAGGACAACAGAAUCAGGAGCUCCUCUAGUGUUGUUCAGUGGCGGUAUGCCCAGAGCCAGCUAUGGAGACAGACACUGCUUAACCAUCCUCCAGGACAGCAGCCAUGUCACCCUGGACUUCACCUCGCGUGUCAUAGACUUCUUCACCAUUCACUGCACAGACAAAGAUAAGGAAUUUGAUGACCCAUCAGCGCUUGUGGUUCUUUUGGAAGAGGAGUUGAUAGUGAUUGAUCUUCAGAUGGCUGGCUGGCCCACUGUCCCUGCUCCCUAUCUGGCUCCUCUGCACUCCUCUGCCAUCACCUGUUCAUGUCACAUCUCAAAUGUGCUUCCCAAACUGUGGGAGAGAGUGAUCAGUGCGGGCCAGCAGCAGUGUCCUCUGCAGAACUAUGAGAAUUGGCCAAUAUGUGGAGGGAGAAACUUAGCACCUGAUCCAAAGCAGAAAGAACUGCUGUUAACUGGUCACGAGGAUGGUACAGUGCGUUUCUGGGAUGCGUCAGGAGUGUCGCUCAAACCGCUGUACAAACUGAGCACAGCCAACAUCUUUCAGACAGACUGCGACCACAACGACAGCCUGACGCAGGCCGGGGAGGAGGAAUGGCCUCCUUUUAGAAAGGUGGGCUGUUUUGAUCCAUACAGUGAUGAUCCCAGACUAGGAAUCCAGAAGAUCAGCGUCUGUAAAUACAGCGGAAAACUUGUGGUGGCUGGAACUGCUGGACAAGUUAUAGUUAUGGUUCUUAGCGAUGAGAAGUCCGAUCACAUGAUUGAUGUGGCCACGGUGGACCUGCUCCAGGACCGAGAGGGUUUUACGUGGAAGGGUCAUGACCGGCUGCCUCCUAAGAGCGGCUCAGUAGUGUUUGCUCCUGGAUUCCAGCUGGUUGUCCUGGUGCAGUGCAUGCCCCCCGCGGCCGUUACGGCGGUAACCCUGCACGCAGAGUGGAACCUCAUUGCCUUUGGCACCAGUCAUGGCUUUGGCCUCUUUGACUAUCAUCGGCGAAGUCCAGUUCUGGCGAGGUGCACUCUACAUCCCAAUGACUCUCUGGCUAUGGAGGGCCCGCUGUCUCGAGUGAAGUCUCUGAAGAAAUCCCUGCGCCAGUCCUUCAGAAGAAUCCGGAAGAGCAGAGUCUCGGGAAAGAAACGUGCUGUGGUUUAUAGUCCCACCAAUAAAGUGCAGGAGGCUAACGCUCAGUUGGCGGAGCACGAUGCUGAGGUGACACCAGUGCAGAGACGGAUUGAGCCCCGCUCUGCAGACGACUCGCUGUCUGGAGUGGUGCGCUGCCUCUGCUUCGCUGACACUUUUCUUAGAGAUGGAACACAUCAUGGACCUACAAUGUGGGCCGGCACAAACUCUGGCUCCGUGUACGCAUACGCUCUGGACGUACCCUCGCAGGAGAAGUUCUCUGAGCAGAGCGUGGAGGCGCUGCUGGGGAAGGAGAUCCAGCUCAUGCACAGAGCUCCAGUGGUGUCCAUCGCUGUGCUGGAUGGCCGAGGGAACCCUCUGCCGGAGCCGUACGAAGUCUCCAGAGAUCUGGCCAAAGCCCCAGACAUGCAGGGCAGCCACUCUGUUCUUAUUGCUUCUGAGGAGCAGUUUAAGGUUUUCAUGCUGCCUAAAGUAAGUGCGAAGACCAAGUUCAAGUUGACGGCCCAUGAAGGCUGUCGAGUACGAAAGGUGGCGCUGUCGAACUUCACCAGCAUUAGCUCUGAAGAGUACUCUGAGAACGCUUUAGUGUGCCUUACCAAUCUGGGUGACAUCCACAUGUUCAGUGUGCCAGCACUGAGACCGCAAGUACGCUACGACUGCAUCCGCAAAGAAGAUAUCAGUGGCAUUGCUUCCUGCGUGUUCACUAAGACUGGACAAGGAUUCUACCUGAUUUCGCCCUCGGAGUACGAGCGCUUCUCGCUGUCGGCUCGUGUGAUCACAGAGCCGCUGUGCCGAGUGGAUGUGGAACGACCUCACGAUCUCUCUGCUCACAGUGGUUCCAGCACGCCGCUCCCACCACAGGCUAAUGGAACACACAAGACACAAGCAGAGAGCAAGUCUGUUGAAACCGAAGGGCUCUUGGAUGAAAUGCGGAGCGCCUUGUCCUCGCCCAUCCUGGAUUCUCCAAACAGCAGUGCUGACAUCACACUGGACACCACUGGAGAGCUCACCGUUGAGGACGUCAAAGACUUCUUAAUGACUGUGGAUGAAGCUGAGAAUAACUUCAGGAACAUCACUGAAGAAGAUGGGAGGCCUCCUGGAAUUCUCAUCAACUGAGGCGAGCUGGCAGACAGCUGGAGGAGCAGUUAUGGGUGAAGACUUAUCAGCUGAACUCGUUACUUCUGAUUGGGUCUUGACAGAGCGGUUUGUGACUCCGGAAGUUGCACCAAACAUUGUUCAUGAAGUUUUUACAAUGGGAAUGUUGCACUUUUUUCCCUGUGCCAAAAGACUGAAUGAUUCAUUCUGUUAUCCUCUUUUUCUUCACCUUUCCUCGAGUUUCCUUUUUUCUUUUUUUUCUGACAACCAUUGCUUUCAGGGGCCAUAAAAUGGUACAUUUGAGAGGUGACUUUUAAAGGGAUCGGGCAAUAAAACAGCCGAGAUGUUGCACAAUGUCUGUAUGCAGGUGGGGGGCUACUUGCACUGAGCCCAUGACAUUUUUCUUCUUAGUUUGUCUUUUAACAUUCCUCUUCUGUCACGUCAUCUCUCCUCUCACUGUGUGCCAUUUAGUUUAUGCUAAAUCAAAUCAAAAUUCUUAUAUUUCGAUGUCUGGUUUAUAAUUUGCCUCUUUAGUUGAUUUCCUUGAAUACAUAGCUGCUACAGUUCAUGAAUCUCUAAGGGUAUUUUGGGGUGGCCAUCUGCACCACAGAAAAUAACUAUUCAAGCAUAAAUAAGGGGGGAAAAAUUAAGUGCCCUGCUCAGUUAUGAAGGUAUAUGUUCUCUGUAUGAAGUGUUUGCUUUUUUUCCUCCUGACAGCCUUUUCAACAAUAUCUAUGUUACUGUGAUGGUUUCUGACCACAAAUCAGGAGUCUAUUGAAAAGUUAAAGUUAUGGACCCUGUGGGUUUGAUUCAGAUAUUUUCCUUUCAUUCAGUCAUCUUUAUUAUUAUUAUUAUUAUUAUUUUUAAAUAAUGUCCCUUAACCACUUGCCAUUGUAAGUAAUUCUGGCAGUUAACUGUGAAGUGUGUAAUUUGAAAGAACAUCGCCGCAGUAAUUCUAACCAGUUUGUUUUUUGCCACAGUAUUAACACGGUAUGAAGGAGCUAAUGACUUUUUUUCUAUUUACACAGUAUUCUUUAGAAUAAUUUUAUAUGGCUUAUAAGGGUUGGUAUUUUGUAUUUUAUAGAUAUUUCACUGGCAUUUAGGGAACUAGGCAUUUCUAGCACUGCAUUUUGUGAGGCAAUUUUUGACAGUUGUGUAGUAUUACAAGAAAUUACCGUACUAUAGGCGAUAGUGUAGCUAAUCGAGGGAAAGAAUGAGGGAAUAGGACGAGUAUUGCACAGAUAUAUUUGAAUAAGACACAACUGGCUCCUUGGGUCAGAUAAUGCAGAUGUUAGUCAGUUUGCUUUUAGAAGUAAAGUAUGGCUUUUAAAGUGAAAGGUUCUAUUUACAUUGUAAUUACAAAGAAAACUGCACAUAAAUAUUUUGCUUGGUAUUGACGCAUUGUCAUAUUUUCUCCAUGCAUAUUCUGUUUUUUUGUUUUGUUUUGUUCGUUACAUGUCAAAAGGACCUCACUAAUUGUAGUCGUUUAACUUUUGUUUGUAUAUUUGCUUUACAUUACAUAACAUUUAAUUUCCAUCCAGCACCUAUCCUGUGAACGUAUUUAAUUUGUAUUUUUCUUAUGUAGAAUUUUAUUUUGAGAUAUAGCAAUGCUAAUGAAAUCUUAAAUGUUAAUAAAGUAUU